AUGCCCAAGCCUCUUCUCCCUCCAUCCACCUCCGCCAAUGUUUCCACCAUUACUCGUCGAGUUACGUCCGGCAUCAGAUACCGAUAUCAUCCACCGUCGGCAUCCAGAGUAUCAGUUCCUGGUCGACAAGAUGCUGUAAACACACGCCAAUGUCGCUGCCAUCGCCGGUGUUUCAGCCAACUAACCCCCAAACCACUUGCGCGCCUCCACGAUCGCCGUGACAUCGAUGCGAUCUUCUCCCCGAGAUCGUCGUCUAUUACUCUCCACUCCAACAGAAAUAGAACAAAAGACGACAAAAAUAGAAAUAAGGUCGUCGACCAACCUGGCCAAACGGUGAAAUAUGAUUUACCGCCUGGUACUGAGGGAGGAAGAGAUCACAAACCGCCCGAUGAGCGGGUUGUCAAGUUGGGGAAGACACUACGAAGACUGUCCCCUCUCCUCCCCAACAUCCUCAUAAACCCUCUCCCCACGGACAUGCUCUCCCCGCAAAUCACCCUCCACCUCUUCCCCUCCACCCACCCCCAUCUACCCAACGUCAAGGGCCGCGUCCUCUACCGCGCAGCUCUUUGGACGGUACCGGUGGCAUGGAGCAGUCUCCCCUUAUUGGGCAACGUGAAACUCCAGAUUCUGAGCGAGCGCAUGGUCCGCGCUGACUCCGCGCUGUGCUGUGACCAUCCUUACAAUGAUGCUGCUGUGGAUUGUGGCGAGGAGAGGUUAGUUGUUAGAUGGAAGACCAGCCACAACACACCGUCAGGCACAUCAUCAUCACCAUCAUCAUCAACGUCCUCCGCAUCCGACUUGAAUACUUCCGGCAGCAAUUUGUCGACCUCAAGGUCCGGGGUGAAUAAAAGCCUAAGCACGCUCCUGGGCGGCGACGCACCCAUUUUCCUACCCGGCAAAGAAGGUCGUUUUGAGGGCCUGUUCAUCUUUGCGUUUGAUGAAAAGGGGAGGAUUGCGGGCCACACGAUUGAGCAUGCAGACCAAGCGGAUGGAUGGGACCGGACGGCAAAGUUUGUCACGUUGACGGAUUGGUUGUUGGGGAAGGCGAGGGGGAGUCUUGGUGAGGCCGCAGCGCCAUCGUUGGCUGCGCAGGGAUAUCAUCAUCAUCAAGCUCAUGCAUCGAGGCGGGCGUAUUAUCGAGGAGAUGAGGGUUAUGGCGCGAAGGGUGGGGGGUUGUGUUAUCAUGAUGGAAUGAGGUGA